AUGAAUCAUAAUUCUGCUGUUACUACUAAUUCAUCACCUGCUGCUUCUGUGAGUUAUAGUUUAAAAUUUAUUAAUGGGGAUUUAGUACAAGUUAACAAUAUACAAGUUCCUACAAACUAUAAAGAACCAGUAAUUAUCCCUGACAACAUUCAAUUAAUCUAUCCACUUCCUUUUAAAGCUAAAGAUUUAGUUGGGAUUAUUCCAAGAUAUAAGCAAGUUGCGACUAUUCCAAGAUGUAAGCAAGUUGCGACUAUUCCAAGAUAUAAGCAAGUUGCGACUACUCCAAGAUAUAAGCAAAAAAUCCUCACAAAAUCACCAAAUCAAUUUUUCAUUUAUCGUAAAGCUUGGAUUGAACGAUUUAGACAAGAAAAUUUUCAAUUUUCAAUGAUUGACAUUUCUGGCUUUAUAGCUAUACGAUGGAGGGAAGAACCAGAGGAAGUUAAAGCAAUUUUUGCUAAGAUGGCAGAAGAAGCAAAAGAAUUGCUCAAAAAAAUAAAUAAUUUUUAA